UGAGAGACUGCCCCGCCCCCUCAGAGCUGAGCCCCUGGCAGAGUAGGGGUCUCUUAGGCUUGUACCCCAGCACACGCUGGGGGAAGGGAAGAAGCAUUUAAGCGCUCGCUGUACAGGAAGCCCCAGCUGGUGAUGGAGCUGUGUCCCCUGUACCGGCAGACCGAGGACCAGCUGGUGGCCGAGCUGGUGGCCUUUAGCAGCAACACCGGCAGAGUCUAUCUCACCUUGGAGAACCUCAACUCCUUUGAAAAUGAGUUUCUGAUCAAAAGGACAGCCAAGGCUCGACACAAUGCCCCUAAGAAGGACAGUGGCCCCCCGGGAGUCUGGGACAUCGUGUCCAUUCAAGAGCUGAUUGAUGUUGAAGCCAAAGAAGAGACCCUCCUGAACUCGUACGCAACGCCCUCCAAGGGUUCCCAGAAGCGCAGCGUCAGCACCCCGGAGACCCCCCAGUCCAAGCGGAAUGUGUCAGCAGCUCGAAGUCCCCACCUGCUCUUCUCUCCGUCCAGCUUCUCUCCGAGCGUCACGCCCUCGCAGAAGUACAGCUCCCGAAGCAGCCGAGGGGAGGUGGUGGCCUCCUUUGGCUCCACACAGGGAAUGUCAUGGUCCGGGAAAGGAGGCAGCAGCCCCCUCAGCGUGAAGGUCUUGGACGCCGCCAGAGCCCUCACUGGGAACUACAAGUCCAUGUUCCAGAAGUUCACAGACAUCCGAGAAGUUCUCACCUGCAGGAUCGAGGAACUCGGCUAUGAACUGAAGGAGCUUCACAAGAUUGAGGCCUUUAGCCCCAUUUCGGUGCCGGCCCAGGAGCCGAUCACUUUGCUGGGACAGAUUGGUUGUGACAGCAAUGGGAAAUUGAACUCCAAGUCGGUGAUUCUGGAAGGAGACCGGGAGCACUCCCUGGGGGUACAGAUCCCGGUGGAUCUCUCCGAGCUCAAGGAAUAUUCUCUGUUUCCUGGCCAGAUCGUCGUCAUGGAGGGAACCAACACAACGGGGAAGAAGUUCAUUGCCACCAAACUCUAUGAGGGAGCGCCUCUUCCUUUCUACCAGCCCACAGAAGAGGAUGGGGGUUUGGACCAGCGGAUGCUCUUGGUGGCCUGCGGGCCUUACACCACGUCUGACAGCAUCACUUACGACCCCAUGAUGGACCUGAUCAGUGUCAUCAGCAGAGACCAGCCGGACGUGUGCAUCCUGCUGGGACCUUUCCUGGACGCUAAGCAUGAACAAGUUGAGAACUGUCAGCUGACCCCCUCAUUUGAAGAUGUGUUCAAACAUUGUCUGAGGACGAUUAUCGAAGGGACGAGAAGCUCAGGCACCCACCUGGUGUUCGUCCCGUCCCUGCGAGACGUGAACCAUCGGCCCGUGUACCCCCAGCCACCCUUCAGCUGCUUGGAGCUCAAGGAGGACAAAGAGCGCGUGCACUUUGUGUCUGACCCCUGCAUCCUCUCCAUAAAUGGAGUGAUUUUGGGCUUGACCUCGACAGACCUGCUGUUUCACAUGGGAGCAGAGGAAAUCAGCAGCACGCAGCUCCAGCGCAGCUCCGGGAGAACAGACCCCAUCUGGCCAAGUCCCGGCUUUGGAUUUGGCAGCUCAGCCCUCGGCACAUCAUCGAGGGGAAGGAAUGUUCCAAACGGGCGUGGGCUGAGCACUCGGGCGUGUGCUCGUUGGCCGGGUCAGCCGCUGGACGGGAGUCGAAGUGGGCUUGCCCAGUUCUGUUUCGGGGUCUUCGUGACCUCCCAAAAGUCGGUCCUUGGUUCCGGAAGGAGGGGCUCGUGCAUCCUGCCACCUGCAAAGGCCCCACCCAUGAAGGGCCUGCAGGCACUGCCCUCGACUCAAGCAGCCUCCCAGCGCAGUCACCCAGGUUGGCAGCAUGUGCCCCGUGCCCGGCACUCACCAAUAUGUUCCUUCUGCAGCUCGUCCAGCGCCUCGGACAGGUUCAGCCGGAUCCUCAAGCACGUCCUGACCCAGAGGAGCUUCUACCCCCUCUACCCACCCUUCGAAGAGAUGAGCAUUGACUAUGAGCAUUUCUACUCCUACGCACAGCUUCCCAUCACGCCGGACGUGCUCAUCGCGCCCUCGGACCUGAGAUACUUUGUGAAGGAUGUCUUGGGCUGCGUCUGCAUGAACCCCGGGCGCCUCACCAAGGGCCAGGUGGGGGGCACCUUUGGGCGCCUGUACAUCAGCAGGCAGCUUGCCAAGGGUGAGAGGAAGAGUCCGUGCACGGCGGCCCAGGUGGUCAAGAUCUGAAGCUCUCCUCGGGCCUGGAGUGAUCUCCCCUUCUGGGAUGGCUUUGGCCUGAGCUGCUGGACCCCUCCCCAGGAGGAAGCAGCCUCCCCCCUCCCCCCCACUAGAUCCACGUGGUUCGCACUCGGCCCCAAGGGUAGACGUUGCUCACUCGAUUCGGGGGAGGGAAGGGAAUGUUUGCUACAUGGAAUAAAAACAAGACUGGAAACAUUAAA